AAUCCAUUUUUCUUUUCCUGCAGCAAAUCUCCAGAAUUAACUUUUAAAUUAGAUCUCCAAAUUCCAUGAAGAUAUAUGGAGUCUAUUAAGUUUUCUUUAGUACAUAGUGAUAUUUCAACUUAAAAUUACUAGUAUUUUCCAAAAUUGCAAAUAUUUUGUUGUUCUCAUUUUAAGAAAUGUCUUAUAGACAAAAGAAUAUGUAAAAUACAUGUACUAUUUAGCAAAAAUCUACAUAGAAGAGGCCUUUAUAAGUACUAAUUUUUUUUCUUACAUCAACACUAUACACUAGGUGCCAUUUAACAGCUGAGCAAACAGGAACACAGACAGGUUAAUGUAACCUUCCCAAGGUCACACAGCUAAGUGGAGCCAGGUAGCCUGGUUCCAAAGUUGUUGUCUUAACCAUUAUGCCAUACUGCUUCUCUUUAUAGUUCGUGAUGAUAAAGAUGAACAAAUAAGGAAAGCAAACACUCAGGCACUAGAACCCAGAUUUAGAAACAGAACAUUGCUUGUAUAUUAGGAGUGCUUUGUGUGAGCCUCCUUAUUCAUGUCCUCUUACCCAAGACAGAACCAUUCUUCUCACAUUUGUGAGAAUUCCCUUUCCUCGCUUUUACUUACAGUACUGCCAUCCAUAAAGGAAUCUCUAAACAAUACAUUUAGUUUUAGUCUGUUUUUAAACUCGAUCUAAAUGGACUCUUACUAUAUACAUUUUUGUGUGUGACUUUGCUUAAAUUAUUUAUUCAUUCUGAUUAUUUUACAGAGCUUUAGCUAAUGUUCUCUGUUGGUUCAGGUUGCUAUCACAGAACACCAUAGACUUGGUAGCUCUAAUAUCAGACAUCUAUUUCUCAUAGUUCCUUGGAGGCUGGAAGUCUGAGAUGAGAGGCAGCAUGGUUGGCUUCCUGGUGAGGGCCCACCUCCUGCUUCAUGGACAGCUGCCUUCACACUACAUCUGCACCUCUUACUCCGUCCUCCCGGACCGCCCCCGGUCCGCUCCCCGCGGUGACGGACCGACUUUAUCCCGCGUCAAAUUCUCGCUGGUCACUGCCUUUCCCGGGCGUUACUUCAGGACUUGAGGAGGACUCGGAGCCUGACUUGGACGGAACGAAAGCCCGCACGUGCUGCUUAACGCCCGGAGAAUUAGCUGCCCUAAGAGGAACGCCAAAGAGCCUGCCGUGGCCUCUGGGAAAUGUAGUUUCAGCGCGCAAAGCGGCCUGGCGUCGCCUUGAAGGGCCGGGCUCUGUCUGCGCAGGCGCGCGGUAUCACUUUCUCCGCCCCACGCAGGGGCUGGCCCUGGCCGCCGCUUCGCCCUCUGGGAAGUGGAGUCUGGGAAGCCGAAGUGUUGCUGCCCUCGGACUCUCGGGUACUCGGCUCAGCGGCUCCCCGGGCAACGCGCAAGCGCAGUUCCGACCUGGGCUGCCGACUCCAGCUCAUUGUGUUCAGCCUGCGAUGUGGCUGUUGCGGUUUUUCGCCGCGGGCAGAGGCUCCUCCAAGGGCAAUCCUGUGGUGACCAGGUACGGCGAGCAGAGCCGCGUCGGGAGAGCGGGAUCGGCCGUAGGGUAGUCGGGCCUCGGGGGCCAGGGCUGCGGGAAAGAACGGCGACUCGGUGCGGGUAGUAGUCCGUGCCGGAGGACACCGAUCCGAUGCCCCAAACUUCUCGGGACAUAUGACUGAGGUUUGAUUCCACAGAGGAAAGGGGAGGACGGCCAGGUGCAGGCUGUUGGUUUUAGGGUCCGAAUGUGCGAGCGCAUGUGGAGGAGGAUGCGGUCCAGGCCUCUGCGUGCCGGGGGACGCCUCCAGAGGUGGAUGCUCCGGUCUGUGACGGAGCCCUGUCUGCGGACCUCGCCGAGGCCGGUGCAGCCGCAGCCGCAGUCGCGGCAGCAGCUUCCGCGAGGACCCGGCAGGGGGCCGGAGGGCCGAUUGUGUGAAUGAGACUCCCCGCCGCCCAGACACACAAAUGCACAGCCCUCUCGCCCACUCUGGCUCUUUGUC